UCAUAUUUUAUUAUUUUUAUCGAGUAAUAGGAAAGAAGAAAAGUAUUCAUCUCUCUCUCUCUCUCUCUGGUUACUAUUGGAUUUGAAUCGAUUCGGGUGUGGAGAGAAACAUGGGUUCGGUGGUGAAGCACGUAAUGCAAUCCAUAAAAGACAAGGGUUUCGGCGCUUUUCUCAGAGAGCUCAAGGAUGAAGGCUUCCUGAGGUGCCUUCCCGAUGGAAACCUCUUGCAAACCAAGAUCCACAAUAUUGGGGCUAGGCUUGUUGGUGUUGAUAAAUUUGGCAACAAGUACUAUGAGAAACUUGAAAACACACAAUAUGGAAGACACAGGUGGGUUGAAUAUGCAGAGAAGAGUAGGUAUAAUGCUUCUCAGGUUCCACCUGAAUGGCAUGGUUGGCUCCACUUCAUAACUGAUCACACAGGAGACGAGCUUCUUUUACUGAAACCGAAAAGAUAUGGGGUUGAACACAAAGAAAAUUUGUCUGGAGAAGGUGAUCAGUUUAUCUAUCAUUCCAAGGGACAUGCACUUAAUCCAGGGCAGAGAGACUGGACCAGGUACCAACCAUGGCAGUCCAAGGCUUGAACCAUGAAUACUGUUCAGCUUUAAGUAGGAGAUGUUCCUGAAAAAAUGUUUUGCAUUCAUUUCCCGAGCUGGAAAGCACUUUUUUUUUUCGUUAAUAAUAAAACGAAUUAUUAGCUGUGAUAGCUGACAAAUUCACUUUGUAUUUGAAUUGUUUCCCAUAUAUACUGUCACCAAUCUCUAUGUAUGUGACUUGUUAAGAAGAUUUGCUUUUAUUUACAAAAAUGUUUUGCCCGAACUCUUAUUU